AUGCAUAACUUCAUAUUGGCCUCUGUGGCCACGGCCUCGGCCUUGUUUGCUAGUCAUGUCGACGCCGUGGCUGUGAAUCCUCUUCCCAAGCCAGCGAACAUGACCUGGGGUAACUCAGGCUGUCUCUCCGUUGGAUCUCUUUCACUCGAAGCUCCGGAACAUGCGGUCCUAUCAGCUGCCUUUGAUCGUACCACCAAGUCUAUCACUGACCUAAAGUGGGUGCCGCAAGCCAUCGAGGCACCGAUUCGCCAAUUUCAGCCAUUCCCCACCCCAGCAGCAGGCUCUAAGAAGAGGCGGUCCAAGAGGCAGUACGGCUCUGGAAACUGCACUUCCACUCUCGGCAAAGUCCAGGUCGAGAUUGCGGACACGAGUGCCCAGCUCCAGCAUGGCGUUGACGAAUCUUACAAGUUGGACGUGACCUCUGAUUCGGACAGCAUCAAGAUCUCAGCCAAGACAGUAUACGGUGCUCUCCAUGCUAUGACUACACUCCAACAGAUUGUCAUCAAUGACGGAACUGGUAACAUGAUCAUCGAGCAGCCCGUCUCCAUUGAUGACAAGCCUCUGUACCCUGUCCGUGGCAUAAUGAUCGACACUGGCCGCAACUAUCUUUCCCCCAAGAAGAUCAUGGAGCAGAUUGACGGCAUGUCCCUCUCCAAGCUCAACGUUCUACACUGGCACAUGAUCGACAACCAGGCCUGGCCCAUUGAGAUCCAAGCGUUCCCCGAGAUGACUGAGGAUGCCUACUCAGAGAACGAGAUCUUUUCUCAGGACUCCCUCAAGUCACUCAUCAGCUAUGCUGCUGCCCGUGGUGUCCGCAUCAUUCCCGAGAUCGACAUGCCCGGCCAUGCCAGCUCCGGAUGGAAGCAAAUUGACGAGUCUAUCCUGACAUGCCAGAACAGCUGGUGGUCCAACGACGACUGGCCCAAGCACACGGCUGUGCAGCCCAACCCCGGUCAGCUUGAUAUCCUCAACAACAAGACUUACGAAGUCACCGCCAAGGUCUACAAGGAGAUGGCGACCAUCUUCCCCGAUAACUGGUUCCACAUUGGCGGCGACGAGCUCUUCGCCAACUGCAACAACUUCAGUUCUCUUGGCCUCGCAUGGUUCAACUCCGGAAAGUCCAUGGGCGACCUCUACCAAUACUGGGUCGACAAGGCGAUCCCCAACUUCCGCGCCCAAGUUAACAAGACCUUCGUUAUGUGGGAAGACGUCAAGCUCUCCGCCGACGUCGCUGCCACCGGCGAAGUCCCCAAGGACAUCGUGCUCCAAGCCUGGACCGCCGGCCGCGAGCACAUCUCCAACCUCACUUCCCAGGGUUACCGCGUCAUCGUGUCAUCCUCGGACUUCCUCUACCUCGACUGCGGUAACGGCGGCUACGUCUCCAACGACCCGCGCUACAACGUGCAGAUCAACCCCAACGCCACCGACGGCGGCGCAAACUUCAACUGGCUCGGCGCCGGCGGCUCCUGGUGUGCCCCGUACAAGACAUGGCAGCGCAUCUACGACUACGAUUUCACCGCCAACCUUACCGACACCCAGAAGGCGCUCGUCCAGGGCGCCAUCGCCCCACUGUUCGGUGAGCAGAUCGACGACACUAUUCUCAGCCAGAAGAUGUGGCCGCGCGCGGCGGCGCUCGCCGAGCUGGUGUGGUCAGGCAACCGUGAUGCGAGCGGUAAGAAGAGGACGACGGAGCUCACGCAGCGCAUUCUCAACUUUAGGGAGUAUUUGCUCGCGAGUGGCGUGCAGGCGGCGCCGUUGAUGCCCAAGUACUGUGCGCAGCAUCCGCAUGAGUGUGAUUUGUAUCUCGACCAGGAUGUGCACAAGGACGCUGCUUAG